AGGGGGAGAGCCCAAAAAUGCCAUGUUUUGUGAUUGUUUGAGUCCCUUCCCACCCAGAAUAAAAAUAAAAGGAGUCUAAAACUAUUUCUUGGUAAUCUUGGAAGUUUCAGAAUUCUCGGAGGGCUCAAAACAAGAGAGGAAAUUGUAGGGUUUUUUUGGGGGGGGGGGUAACACACAGCCUAUUUACCACACCUUCUGAAGUGAGAAUAUUUAAUCAAGAUUCAAUUGAUGGGUUGUUUGCUGAUGGUUUUUAGUACACUUCUGAAAAGGAUAUGGCACAAGAGCAGAGGAUUUGAAAAAAAGGGACAAAGGGUUAUUCAUAUGUUCUGACAGAUGUAAUGGGUUCAUCUGAAAUUCUCUUAUAGCUCACCCCUCCCCAAUAUGCUGAUUAAACAUUAAGAUCUUGCCAAAGGGCUUGGCUUGGUAACAGGAUGCUAUAAUAAAAACCGGAGUUGCAGCUAUCUCUGAUACCUGGCCCUCCAGUUCACAAUGGAGGGGUCUGCUCUCUGUCUGGUGGCUGCCCUCCUGGUCUGUUUCCCAACUUUUUCCCACGGCCAACUCUACUCCAUGGUUGUCCCCAGUGUCUUGUGGGUGGAGAGUGAAGAGCGGAUAGUGGUGGAGGCUCAUGGGCUCAAUGUUGCCACAGAGGUGACCAUCUCUGUCCAUGAUUUCCCACAGAAGAGGAACACCUUGUACCAGGUCAGAGCUACCAUGAACCCAGCGAAUGGCAUGAUGGUGACUCCGACAAUAAAGGUUCCUGCAAAAGUCCUAAAGAAGGAUUCCAAGAAAAACCUGUAUGUCUUUGUUCAUGCUACUUGUCCUCAAUUCACACUUGAGAAGGUGGUUUUAGUCUCCUUCCAAAGUGGUCAUAUCUUCACGCAGACGGACAAACCUAUCUACACACCUGGAUCUUCAGUGCGGUACCGUAUCUUCUCUAUUGGUCAUGGAAUGGAACGUUUGGACAAAAAUGUGAUUGUUCAAUUUGAGACACCAGAAGGCAUUAUUGUCAGUCAGAAUACUUUCAAUCCCGCAUCAAAUCUCACCCAGUCAUUUAAUCUACCUGAGACUGUCAGUUUGGGAACCUGGAAUGUUGUGGCUAAAUAUCAAGAUUCCCCUCAGGAGACCUUCAAAACACCAUUUGAUGUCAAAGAAUAUGUAUUGCCAAGCUUUGAAGUUAACAUUGAAGCAGCAGAGAAGUUUUAUCAUGUUGAUGGCAACAAAAAUGUCAAUGUGGCUAUCACUGCAAGAUACCUUUAUGGAAAGAGAGUGGAAGGUAUAGCCUUUGUCCUCUUUGGAGUGAAAGUUGAUGAAGAGAAAAAGAGUAUUCCAGACUCACUCAGGAGAAUUCCAAUUCAAAAUGGGAAAGGGGUUGCAGUGCUAACAAAAGAAAUGCUUCAGACCCGAUUUCGCAACCUUCAUGAGCUCCUUGGGCACUCUCUCUACAUCUCUGUAACAGUGAUGACAGAAUCAGGAAGCGAUAUGGUGGUGGCUGAGAGAGGCGGCAUUAAAAUAGUGACAUCUCCCUAUCAGAUCCUCUUCACAAAAACCCCAAAGUUCUUCAAGCCAGGGAUGCCCUAUGAACUGAUGGUGUUUGUCACCAACCCUGAUGGUUCCCCAGCUGCCCGCGUCCCUCUGGUAUCAGAGCCCAUUCGGGUUGAGGCAACCACCCAGGAUGAUGGGACAGUCAAGCUGAUUCUGAACACACCAGCAGACACACAAGAGCUAAGAAUCACCGUAAAAACCAACCAAGCAGGACUCCCAAAUGGACACCAGGCAAACAAGACCAUAGUGGCUACAGCCUACCAAACCCAGGGAGGAUCUGGAAACUAUCUCCAUUUAGCAGUCUCAGCUACAGAGCUAAAGGCUGGGAACAACUUACCUAUCAGCUUCAACAUUAGAAGCAACAAUGCAAAUAUAUUAAACCAAUUCAUAAAUUACACCUACAUAAUCUUGACUAAAGGGAGGAUAUUCAAGGUUGGGAGGCAACCCAGGUCUGCUGGGCAGAAUCUAGUGACUAUGCCUCUGUCCAUCACCCCUAAUCUUAUCCCUUCCUUCCGAAUUGUGGCUUACUACCAAGUGAACAACGGAGAGAUUGUGGCUGACUCUGUCUGGGUGGAUGUGAAAGAUACCUGCAUGGGAACGCUAGUUGUGAAAGGAGAAACUGAGGCUGACAGUCAAAUUCGCCAACCAGGACAAGCAAUGAAAAUCAAAGUGGAAGGGGAUCCAAAUGCUCGAAUUGGUCUUGUGGCUGUGGACAAAGCUGUCUAUGUACUGAACAAAAAAAAUAAGAUAAGCCAAAGUAAGAUUUGGGACACAGUAGAAAAGAGUGACAUUGGCUGUACUGCUGGCAGUGGUAGGAAUAAUGUGGGUGUGUUUGAAGAUGCUGGGUUGGCCCUGGAGACCAGCAACAAGCUUUCCACAAAACAGAGAUCAGAUCUGAAGUGCCUCCAAGUUGCAAAAAAGAGACGCCGUCGCUCCUUAACGUUUCUGGAGUCUAAAACAGGCAAAGCGGCUCAGUAUCCUGACAAGAAGCUAAAAAAGUGCUGUGAAGAUGGCAUGUUUGAAAACCCCAUGGGAUACAGCUGUGAAAAGCGUGCUGAAUACAUAGAUGAUCAAAAGGAGUGCAAGACUGUUUUCCUUGAAUGCUGCAAUUUUAUCAAAAACAUACGAGAUCAGAAUCAACGAGAGAAAGAACUGCAACUGGCAAGAAGUGACAAUGAGGAAUUUAUCAUGGAUGAGGAUGAUAUUGUCUCCAGGACUGAAUUUCCAGAGAGCUGGUUAUGGGAAACAAAAGUACUGACAGAACCUCCUAACAAUAAAGGGAUCUCAUCCAAGACAGUGUCUUUUUACCUGAAGGAUUCCAUCACAACCUGGGAGGUGUUGGCUGUGAGCAUCUCAGAAACAAAAGGCAUCUGUGUGGCUGAUCCUUAUGAAAUAAUCGUCAUGAAGAAAUUCUUCAUUGACCUAAGGCUGCCUUACUCAGUAGUCAGGAAUGAGCAGGUGGAAGUUCGGGCUAUUCUCUACAACUAUGGAGAGGAGAAUAUAAAGGUGCGAGUGGAGCUGAUUCAUAAUCCUGCCUUCUGCAGUGCUUCCACCGCCAAGCGGCGCUACAGGCAAGAUAUCACUAUCAGGAGUCAAUCCUCUACAGCAGUCCCGUUUGUCUUGGUCCCACUUGAGCUGGGACUCCAUGACAUCGAGGUCAAGGGGGCUGUCUGGAACAUGAUGAUGUCUGAUGGCGUGAAAAAGAAGCUCCGGGUUGUGCCUGAAGGGAUACGGAAAUCACUUGUGAAUGUCAUUGAGUUGGAACCCUCUAAAAACGGGAAAGAUGGAGUCCAGGAAUUGCUGGUGAAAGCUAGAAGUUUGGACGAUAUUGUUCCUGGAACCGAAACUGAGACCAAAAUUAGUGUGCAAGGAGACCCUGUGGCUAAUAUUAUUGAAAACUCCAUUGAUGGAAGCAGCCUAAAUCAUCUCAUCCAAAUACCUUAUGGAUGUGCGGAACAGAACAUGAUGAGGAUGACACCAACAGUUAUUGCCACCCACUACCUUGAUGCCACAAAUCAAUGGGAGAAGGUUGGAGUGAAUCGCAGGCCUGAGGCCAUGAAACUGAUCCAGCAAGGUUAUGCUCAGGAACUGACGUAUAAGAAACCAGAUCACUCCUAUGCUUCUUGGAUACGUGGUAUAUCUAGCACUUGGCUAACAGCAUAUAUAGUGAAGGUCUUUGCCUUGGCUUCCACAAUUGUAUCUACUAUUAGUGAUCAGAUUGUCUGUGGAAGUGUGAAGUGGCUGAUUCUGGAAAGACAAAGACCAGAUGGGAUUUUCCAUGAUGAGGCCCCUGCAAUUUCUGGAUCAAUGGUGGGAGGUUAUAGAGGUGCUGAACCAGAAGUGUCAUUAACAGCUUUUGUCCUGGUUGCAUUGCUGGAAUCCAGAAGCCUCUGUAAGAAACAUGUCAAUAUUCUAGAUAGCAGCAUCAACAAAGCUUCUAACUAUUUACUGAAGAAAUAUGGCAAGCUGCAAAGGCCUUAUACCACAGCACUCACAGCCUACGCUUUGGCCCUGGCAGGGGAACUGAAGGAUGACAGAGUCCUCAUGGCAGCAUCAACAGAUGGGAACAGCUGGGAAGAAUAUAAUGCCCACACCUACAACAUUGAAAGCACCUCCUAUGCCUUGCUUAGCUUGCUGAAAAUGAAAAAAUUUGAGAGAACUGGCAAUAUCGUUAAAUGGCUGACAAAGCAGAGAUUUUAUGGGGGAACAUAUGGACAAACCCAAGCAACCAUCAUGGUUUUCCAAGCUCUUGCCCAGUAUGAGAUUGACAUACCUUCUCAUAAGGACUUGAACCUGAAUGUUGCCAUCAAAUUGCCAGAACGUCAAGAUCCAAUCCAUUAUGUAAUUGACUACGAGGGUGCCCUUCUGACCAAGACAGCGGAGACCAAGCUCAAUGAAGAUUUCACUGUUCGUGCCUCUGGCCAAGGAAAAGCGACAAUGACAGUUGUUACACUGUAUAAUGCACAGAUGAAAGCAGAUGCAGCUCAAUGCAAGAAAUUCACCCUUGAUGUUACUGUUGAACCCCUCGAGCUAGGAAAGAAGGAGCUGAAGGGAUCCCUACAGAUUGUCAAGAUCAAAAUCUGUACCAGAUAUCUUGGUGAUGUUGAUGCCACAAUGUCCAUCAUUGAUGUGUCCAUGCUCACUGGUUUUGUACCUGAUGUUAGCGACCUUAAGAGGCUUUCUGAAGGAGUCGACAGAUUUAUCGGCAAAUAUGAAAUUAACAAAGGCUACUCUGAAGGAGGGAGUCUUGUCAUUUACUUGGACAAGGUCUCUCACUUAAAAGAUGAAUGUGUGCAGUUUAGAGCUGACCAGUUUUUUGAAGUCGGUCUCGUUCAGCCAGCAUCCGUGAAGGUGUACAGCUAUUAUAAUCUAGACGAACAAUGCAUCAAGUUCUACCAUCUUCCCAAAGAAAGUGGCCUUCUCAGUAAGAUAUGCCAUGGUGAUGUUUGCCGAUGCGCAGAAGAAAGCUGCUCCUUGCUCAACAAUGUAAAGGAAGAUAUCAGUCUGAAUCUACGGGUUCAACUGGCCUGCAAACCAGGAAUAGAUUAUGUAUACAAAGCCAAGUUGGUUCGAAUAGAAGAGGAAAAUGGCUAUGACAACUACUUCAUGCAAGUUCUGGAAACAAUUAAAGAAGGGAGUGAUCCAAAUCCAGAAGUCAGUCCUCGCAAGUUUGUCAGCCAGAUUAAAUGCAGAGAAACUCUGAAUCUGGAGGAGAAUGAAGACUAUCUAAUCUGGGGUAUCAGCAAUGAUCUGUGGCCUGCAAAUAAUGAUGUCUUCUAUCUCAUUAGCAAAGAUACCUGGAUCGAGCGGUGGCCAGGUGAGGAUGAAUGCCAAGACGAAGAAUGGCAAGACCUCUGCAAUGACCUUGAUCAGUUUUCCAAUACAUUGACAUUUUUGGGCUGCCAGGUCUAAGUGGAGUUGCUAUUGUCUGUUAUUCAUGGCUUUUGAGUUAAUAUUCAGAAAUCACAUUCCCUCCUGAGGUUUUAUCUUUUUUUUCUUUCUUGCUCUCCUUUCCACCACUUCAAAUUGAAUUUACACUGCUUUGUAAAAUAAAGGCCUGAUUUCUUAGUGUGUUUUUGUGUUCA